AUGAAAGUCCAAGUUGUCCUUGCUCUCCUAGGGCUAGCCUCGGCCGCGCCGACUCCCCGCCCCGGUGAUGAAUCGGCCGGCUCCGUGUCUCGUCGGGGUGCCGGCUUCGGCACUAGCUUCCCAUUUGGCAGCUCAGGAGACGGCUCCGAUCGUUUCGGCGGCGGCGGCUUUGGUGGCGGCGGCUUUGGCGGCGGCGGCGGCUUCAGCAACAGUGGCUUCAGCAACGGUGGCUUCAGCAACGGUGGUGGCGGCUUCAGAUCCGGUGGCGGCUUCGGCGGCAGUGGCUUCGGCGGCGGCGGCUUCGGUGGCGGAUUUGAUGACGAUGACGAUUUCUUCUUCAAGGCCAGAUCGGUUGAUGCUGAUGGCGCGAGCGAGGCCGAGGAAGAGCCCGCUGCUCCUGCCGAGGUUCCUGCUGAAGUUCCUGCUGAGGUUCCAGCCUCGACCGAGUGCUCAGAGGAGAACUCGGCAUAA